AUGGAGCAGAAACUAACUACAGGCGACUUAGUGCUGUGCAAAGUGGGCUCUUUUGCGCCGUGGCCCGCGGUGGUCUUCCCACAACGACUGCUGCGCAAGGACGUGUACAGGCGACGCAGGGCUGAGUGCGUAGCAGUUUGUUUCUUCAACGAUGAGACGUACUACUGGGACAAGCCUGCGAGGUUGAAGCGGCUGACGAAGAGCACGAUUGAGCGGUUUCUGGAAGACGCCCCCGCCACAGAGGACCCAGGACUUGUAGGGGCCUACGAAGAAGCUCGGGACUACACUUCGCUGCACGAGUUUGUAAUGCAGAGGCUGGAGGAAGAGAACAGGAUAGAGGAGUGGGAGAAGAGCGCUGAGGCGGACACCAAGGUCGAGGCAGGGCAAGACCCAUUCGAGGGCCGGCCCGCUGGCCUCAAGGCCGGCGGAGCCAAGCUCAGAAAGAGCUCUGCAUCCGCAUCGCCGCCGCGCGGUUACCCGAAAGCACGCAGAGCUGCCAGUGGCAGCGCCGAUGGCAGCAUUGGUACCAAAUCAAGCUCCGCUUCCCUCAAGUCGCGCUCGAUGCCCGAGUCGCCCUCUGCGGUCAAAAAACUAUCGCGCCUAGACCAUGCCAAGCGUGUAGAGAUCUCACUGCUAUUUCGCUGCAAGCUCCAGCGGAACCUGGUGCAGCGCGAGCUUCCACCUGGCCCUGACGAGAUCAAAGAGUCCCACAAGCUUCUUGGAAAAAUCACCGAAAACACGCUGGCCAAUCCACAGUUCUUCGACUUCGAGGCCCUGAAGCACAGCAAACUGCACAAACUGCUCAAGGUCAUUACCAAUGACGAUAACCUUGCCGAGUUCCACCGGGAAUGCAAUGACAUCCUGGCCAGCUGGUCUCCCGUCAUAGCAGAAUUAAAAAAGGACAAACUCAACCAGCGCCGCGAUACUUAA